AUGGGAGGAAAGAAUUCAACACCAGAGCCACGCACUCAGAUUAAGUAUGUGCCGGAUCCAUCAGCGUCCGCGAGAGUUGCACAACUUGAAGCUAAAGUGGACAAGCUAUCCAGAAAACGACCAAAAGUUGAAUAUGUGAAAGAGUAUGUACGAGAUCCAGAAUUACUUCGACAAAUCGAGGAAUAUCAAGCCAGAAAUCGAGAGCUCAUGGAAAAAUAUGAUGAGCUUUACCAAGAAAUUCGAGACAAUAAUAUUAACUCUUUCGACGAUUUAGACGAACAUUAUAGUAAAGGUGCAGAGGCGUUAAAGCGCAUGGCUGCAGCGACACAGCCCAUGCAAAUGACAGGAGUUAACUUUGCUCUUUUUGGUAUCACUUCAUCUGGGAAGAGUACAAUGCUUAACCAGUUCCUUGGGAAACAAGUUGCAGCCACUGGUGCUGGUGAAACAACGACCCAAGUACAACGAUAUGAUGGUAAUGGUUUCUCUCUCUAUGAUAUUCCUGGCAAAAAUGAUGAGAUCUCCUAUUUUACUAUGGAAUAUGUUGCGUUUUGGAAAGCAUUAACAGCUCGUCUCGUACUGAUUACGGCAACAGUAAAAGAAAUGACUAGUGUAUUUCGAUUGCUUGAUGCUAUUAAUUUGAAAUACGAUAUCGUAGUGAACAAGUUUGAUCAACAUCAAGAAGACGAGAGGGAUGUGUUGAAAGCACAGAUUCAUGCAGAAAUCAAACAAAUUGGACUUAUGGGUGUUGAAAAUGUCUGGUUCAUUAGCUCUAAGUUUCCUCAAAUGUUUGAUGAUUGGCUUCAAAUGGUUCAUAGUCUUACUGAGAGACCACAUAAGUCUAAUAAUAUGACAAGAAGGAAUCAGAUAGAAACAAAAUCCAAUACAUCAUUCUUUCCACAACACAGAGCGAGAUCUGCAACUUCAAAUCUUGUACAAGAUCAGUUUGCUGCACAACUACACCAGCUGCAAUCAAUGGGAUUCGACGAUGAGAAUAAGAACAGAAGACUUCUUACUAAACAUAAUGGUGAUAUAAGCAGUACUAUUAAUUCACUUCUCAAUAGUAAUCACCACUACUGA